AGCAAAGUGUGAGAGAAGUGGAAGAGCGGGUUAGGUGUUAGAUUCCCGAUGGCGUCUGCUUCAAGCAGCAGAGUGGACGAGCAGCCGCCGGCACUGCCUGUCAAACAGCACAGGCAUUCCAGCGUGGAGUCUGACUGCAGCCCUGUGGUACCACAGCAUCAAAGUUCCGCAUACAACGAUGUCUUUCCUGAACCCACCGACUGCAAUGCAGCCCAGUGCCCCAUACACCAACGCUACGAUCCGUGCAGACACCUGGAGAGAUUUUACUCUGAUAUCAACCCACCGCCUGUCCCGAAGAAGAGGUUACAUCGUGCUUUAUCCCUCCCGCCCACCCAUGUGCCUUCGUUGCCUCACACGUCACCCUUUUCUCCUCUGCAAAGAUUCCCCCAGAACUUUGACAAUCCGCUGUACAUGAUGGCACCCAAACAAGAUCUUUUUUUCUCAGAGGAGCUAGAAGAGUUUAAACCAUCCACGAGCAGUCCUGUCUCCGUGGUGUCCUUCUCCCAGCUGUCGUUUGACACUCCGGACGAAGAUCUUCCCUACAUCUUCCACAGCUUUGUCGACCAGGGGGUUGUUUCUCAUGGGAUUCAGCAUCGCCAUCUACUCUUUCUUAGAAGCAUGGCACAGACUGUGGAGGCAAGGAAUCUGCUAGAGGGCUCUAGAAGGGAUGUGAGCUCAUUAGAGCCUCAGGAUUUCCUCUUGCAUGAGGGCAGCCAGCCAAAGCAGAUUGGAAACAUGACUUACUACAGCCUGCACAGCCCAAAGUUCCCACAGAGAGUGCUCGGUUUAAGGGUACACAAACACACCGAUGAGGUUUUCUCCGCUCAAAUCCAGCGGCAGCCGCCACACGUCAACGUGCGAGAUGUUAUUACUUAUUUCCCAUCCAGCAACAGCUACAGAACCAGUGAAACUCGAGAUCCCGCAGCAGGCUCUCCUAACCCAAGGUCAGACUGCACUCCUGCUAAUCUACCAGGUGGAAGCAGCACUGAGCGUGCAGCAGAAGCCACGAACCUCUGCAAGCUCACAGUUCAGUCUUUCCUCCAGAAAGGUCAGGCCGUGAGCGUGGAAAGAGACCUGCCACACGCCAGCCUGGACGGUUUUGUUAAAGACAGCAGCUCGCUGCAGAGCACAGACUCUGUGCGUUAUUAUAGACAGGUGUGUGCUCUGUUGCUGCAGAUAUUAAUGGGUACGCACCAUCUAUACAGUAAGAGAGGCACUGCAGCUGAGCUCAAACCCCAGGAGAUCCUUCUAGUGUGGCCCGAUGGGAAGAGGGAUGAGGCAGAAAACAACUUGAAUAAGGACGCCUCUGAGGAGAAGGAAGAAACGGAGUGGGUGAACACUCCAGAAAAAGGGAGGAUUCAGACGUUAUGGAGGACAAGAGGCUGCCCUCGUGUGGUGCUAAAGCCACAGACUUUCGCUCAACCCCUCACCUCCAUCAAAUCUCAAAUUACAGCUUUAAUCCAGGCCUGCUGGCAAGAGAGUGCGACAUCUCCGGGUUCAGUACCAGAUGUUUGCAAAUCCUCCUACCAAAAAGGGCUUCUUCAUCUGUCCUCUCUGCUUGAGAGCGACAGCGGGGCUCAGAUGGUGGACAUGGUAGCCAUGCUUCAGGUGCUCCUCUGGGGCCCACACGUCUCUAUCUUCAACCAAGGAGGCCCUGCAACCACCGUUAUACAUAACUGGCUGACAGUCAAGCGGGCGCUGCUGGUUAUGAAGUUGGCCGAAAAGGGGCUGAUCGAGGAUCGGUCUCUUCUGGACUGGGAGGACUGUAUGUGCUUGCAGUAUCUGUCCUUUACAGACUCUGAAACAGUUGCGAGUGUGGCCAAUGAGCUCUGGCACAGAGUGAAUGCUGAGCAAAGUUUAUAGUCGAUAUCAAAGGAGUCUGCCGUUAUCACCCGACUGAAAGUGAAAAACAGUCCAGAUUGAGGAAUAAUCCACUUCAGUGCAUUCUCCUUUAUCAGCUGUUCAUGUGCUGCACUUCAUAAUGUAAAACUAGUCUAUUAAAAAGACCCCACUGGUUUAAAAAAAA